AUGGCUACACGCAGCACUGUUUUGAGUUGCCGGAGGAAACUUUGUUUUGCUCCAGUGGCAAGGCAGAUCCAUGAAAGUGCGAAGGAUGAGACAGCAAAGGUUGUGAGGCAGAGCAAGCGGAAGAAGAAAAAUGGCAUCGACCCCUUCACUCCUCCUCCUCCUCCCUCCGACUUCCCUUCCUGGGCAUACGACAAGAAGGACUUCUUCCACUAUGAGCUGGUUCACCAGUCCAAAAAGUCCCUGGCUCGCGUCGGGCGCAUCCAUACCCCACACGGCAUCGUCAACACCCCAGGCUUCGUCUCCGUAGGAACCAACGGGGCCCUCAAGGCUGUAGAUCACAGAGCAGCGGACGAUGCAGGCUGCGAGCUCAUGUUCAUGAACACCUACCACCUCCUCGUUCAACCUGGACCCGAGCUGAUCGACCAGAUGGGAGGGCUACACAAGUUUGUGGGGAGGGACAGGCCGAUCAUCACAGACUCGGGAGGUUUCCAGCUGUUCUCCCUCUCUUACGGCAGCGUCGAGGACGAGCUGAACAUGAAGUCACGCUCCGGUCGCCAUGGCUGGACCAACACAGUGAUGAAGGUGGAGGAGGAGGGGGCGUGGUUCCGAUCCUACCGCGAUGGGAGGCUGAUCAAGCUCACUCCUGAGACAACAGUGCAGGCACAGAAGGCGUACAGGUCCUUACACUCCUCCUUUCCCUGA